GAAGAAGAAAAAAGGGUUUAACAUAUGAUUGGGUUGGGUUUAACAUAUGAUUUUCUAUGUUGAAGUAGAAAAACAAACAUAUGAUUCCCUUCUUCCCUUUCCCCCAGAAGCAAGCGACACAUCCCUCUCCUACAUGAAUAUGAUCCGAUCGAUCACAUGGAUUCCCAUGCCGACCGCACCGCCAACAGCCACCAGCUUAGCUAGUACUGUGGGUGUACGUGUACUCUGCUGCCGUACGUCCGGCAUCCAACAGCACACCACAGUGCUAGCUCCUAGCUCCUAGCUCCAGAGUUAUAAAAGGCACGGCAUUGCAGAGGAACAGGAGGACGGAGAAGGAAGCACUCCAUCGACGGACAGAGCAAUGGCCACCUCCCUCCCGGCUGCGCCCCUCCUCGCCCGUGCCCCGGCCCAUACCAGGCUCCGGCAUGGUGGCGCUGCACGAGCAGCUCCUCCUCGGCCCGUAGCGACGGCGAGGCCCGCGGGCGCCAAGAGGAGCUCGCUCCGCGCCGUCCGCGUCAGCUUCUUCUCCUCCGACGGACCCAGGUUCGGCGUCGACGAGGCGCUGCGCCCAGAGGUGGAGGCGGCGGCGGUGCCGCGCUCCGUGCCGGUGCGCGUCGCCUACGAGCUCCACCAGGCCGGCCACCGGUACCUCGACGUCAGAACCGAGGGUGAGUUCAGCGCUGGGCAUCCCGAAGGAGCUGUAAAUAUCCCCUACAUGAACAAGACUGGCUCAGGAAUGACGAAAAACACCCACUUUCUUGAGCAAGUGUCGAGGAUCUUCAGCAAGGAUGAUGAGAUCAUCGUUGGAUGCCAAAGUGGCAAGAGGUCUCUCAUGGCAGCAGCUGAACUCUGCUCUGCUGGUUUCACUGCUGUGACCGACAUUGCUGGUGGAUUUUCAUCUUGGAGGGAUAAUGGAUUGCCUAUCACCCAGUGACCUGAGCUUGGCAGCAAUUAUAUUCUUGAAGCCCAACAUCUGUCAACGCUGCCUAGCUCAAGGAUUGUACAAGUGUACAUAAUGUUCUUCCCGGUUUUUUAAAAUUACAGCACUGAAUAAAUGGAGCCUGCUGAGCAGAAUAGUUGCAGAACAGAUUGGGGUUUAUGCACUCCUUGGGGUGUUGCAUCUUACCUUUUCAGCUAUCUUUUAGCGGACUCUAUUGCUUCGUGUAGCUCAUAAAUGUAAAUGGCCUACCUGAGCAGUAUUGUGUUACAGAAUCAUAGCACUAAAACAAGUUCAGCAUAAUUCA